GCUACUUCAUCCCCACCUGGCGCACAGCAGCACCACGAACGUUCGCCUCGGCGCCGGGGUCCGGCUGGCCUUGACAAAGCGAGCCUACUGGGUUUCAGUACCGCCAUUGUCCUCUCCCGUGCUGUGGCCGAUGUUUUGGGCUGCAGCCGGGAUCAACGCCAGGCGACCCAAGAAAGAGACCCAGCUGGUGAAGCUCGCCGAGCGCGCCGUCCACGCAGAAGCGGACGCCCGCGUGUUCGUCUGGGGCGAGCUGCGGCGCGACUUCAAAUCCGAGGUGACAGCUGCGACGAGCCGCGAUCUCCAUGACCGGCUUUGCUUCAAUUCCACGGUGGAUGGUCACGCCGACUUCGGCGACUUGCUUUUGACGUCAGCAGAGGUCAUCCGAUGUGCGAUUCAGGCGGUUCGGCAGCAAGGACUGGUCUGCCUGGGGCUAGCGCGCUGUGGUCUCGGACCUGCGGGUGGCAACCACCUGGGAAGAGCCCUGUCGGAGAGCUCUCCCCAGCUACGAUGCCUGAUGCUUCAAGGAAAUCACUUGGCAGAUGCAGGGCUCGUGGCGCUGCUGGCGCAAGCACCGAUGCUCCGCUCGCUGCAGAUGCUCUCGCUUGCUGGCAACGACCUGACCAGCGUAGCUGCAGAGGCGCUUGCCGAGGCGCUGGCCGGUGGCGCUCU